AUCAAAACAUUUUUGGAAAAGUCAGUUUUAACAGAUGUCAAGGCAAUAGGAUUUUCGUGAACUAAAGUGUAAAUGUGAAAUUUAAAAUUUGUAAUUAAUGGAUCAUUAUAACGGAAAAAUUCGCAUAGUCAUGUGAGGGUCAGAAACACAAAUGAACCGGAAAUCCCGAUAUGGGAAUGCAUACGGCCUGGGCAAGCGGAAGUCUUGUGGAAACGUGUCUCGAAAAGUACCCGUCGAAACGUCCCAAGAUUUCUGAAAAUGUGAUCAUUUGCCAAUCCAAAAUUGAAAAAAAUAAUGAAAUUCCGAAUGAAAUAAAUAUAACUUCUUUACCCCUCGAAAUUCUCUUUGAAAUCCUGUCGUACUUGCCUUGUACAGAUCUUUACACAUUGAAAAAGGUUAAUACUUUUUUCGAGCAGCUAGUACACGAUCCAACGGUAUGGAGAGUUUACGAGGUGAUAAACAAUGACAUGAACACUGAAGACGUGAUCGAGGAGCUUAAACGAAUGCCUUUUCUGAAGAAAUUUAGCAUCGAUGCCAGGUCUGAUAGUGACGAUAUUCUGCGCCAACUCUCAUUAACGAACAAGAAUUUAGAAGAGCUCUCGAUUUCAAAUUGUACAGGCUCAACAUCGAAGCUCUAUUUGCGAUCUUCGUAUUUGAUCAGAAUUCUGGAAAGGUGCAUUCGCCUCCACACUAUCUAUAUCCUUGGCAGUCGCUUCCGGGGUUUAAAAUUCUUCAGGAUACUUGGCAAUAUGGGAUUGCGGCUUAAAGCUGCAUCCACACAGGCAACUUGCCUACAGUUCAGGGCAUAUACAAAAUCCGCCAAGCACAUAAGUGAAAAUGAUCGUCAACUGCUGUCUGAUAUGUCUCUCGGUGCUAGGAGGUGGGCUCCUCUACAUUAUUUGAUGAUGGAACGACAAAAUGUACCCCAUAAAAUUUUGAUCAGUUACCUCUACAGCGACUUUUUGCCCAUGGAAAUAAUUCCGCAGACAGAGACGCUUAAACUAGCUCCUGAUUAAAAGAAAAGAAAUAUAAAUUAAUUUCAUUGUUAAAUUUAGUUCGUCAUUCUUGUGUGCAAAGUUUUGACGACGUUCAGAAAAAUGUGACUAAAUUAUGAAUCACAGAGGUCUGAACGAAACAUUCGUUCCAUUUCGUUACUAAUUGAAAAGAAUCAUUUUUCACUUAAGGCUAUGCCAUACUUACCCAAUUCCUGCCACCGCGUCAUUUUUUUCGCAACCACUUAUUUCUACGCGAAUUGAGAUAUCGAGUGGGCGUAAGUUGUGAAAAAAUAUCAGUAAGGUAAGAGUCGAGUAAGUAUUACAUGGCCUUAACUUUGAAUUUCUAUCUCUAUAUUUGGACAAAAUUAGAUAAUAUCUCAAAUUACUUUACGAUUAGGACUAAAUUAUUUUGCCUAUCUGGCAGUACAGAAAUCAUUCAUAAAUCAGCCAUACCCGGGUAGAAAUUAUAACUUGGUUCUUAAGAGGCCUUGUCUGGAUUUCCUAUUUUCUAUCGAGACCCUAAAGUGGCAAUCUA